AUGGACCUCAGAAGCAAAGCGAGGACACUUACUGGACCUGUUAAAGACCCUGCAAUGCUUCCCAAGUGGAACUAUGAUGGGUCGAGCACAGGCCAAGCGCCUGGAGAAGACAGCGAAGUCAUUCUAUAUCCUCAGGCAAUUUUCAGAGAUCCAUUCAGGAGGGGAAACAACAUAUUGGUCAUGUGUGAUGCUUACACCCCAGCUGGUGAGCCAAUUCCAACUAACAAAAGGCACAGCGCAGCCAAAAUAUUCAACCAUCCUGAUGUUGUUGCCGAAGAACCAUGGUACGGUAUUGAGCAAGAAUACACCUUGUUGCAAAAGGAUGUUAACUGGCCUAUGGGAUGGCCCACUGGAGGUUAUCCUGGACCUCAAGGCCCAUAUUACUGUGGAGUUGGAGCUGACAAAGCUUUUGGACGUGAUAUCGUAGAUUCACAUUACAAGGCAUGUCUCUAUGCCGGAAUCAACAUAAGUGGCAUCAACGGUGAAGUGAUGCCUGGCCAGUGGGAAUUUCAAGUAGGACCUGCUGUUGGCAUCUCAGCUGGUGAUGAGGUGUGGGUAGCUCGAUACAUCCUUGAGAGGAUCACUGAGAUUGCUGGGGUCGUAUUAUCAUUUGACCCCAAACCUGUCCAGGGAGACUGGAACGGAGCUGGUGCUCACACCAACUACAGCACCAAGUCUAUGAGAGAUGAUGGAGGCUUCGAAGUUAUAGAGAAGGCAAUUGAAAAGCUUGGACUUAGACACAAAGAGCAUAUUUCUGCAUAUGGUUCAGGCAAUGAGCGUCGUCUCACUGGAAAACACGAAACUGCUGAUAUAAACACCUUCAAAUGGGGGGUCGCAAACCGUGGAGCAUCGGUCCGUGUAGGUCGAGAGACGGAGAAAGCAGGAAAAGGAUACUUUGAGGAUAGGAGGCCUGCUUCAAAUAUGGACCCUUAUGUUGUUACUUCAAUGAUUGCAGAAACCACCAUCCUCAUGAAGCAUUGA